CUCGCUCGCUCUCCUUUUCCUCCCUCUUCUCGCAACACCAAAAGCAGCAACCAAGCGCACCACCAAGCUCAGCUCUGCUCAGCAUUUUGCUGCAAAGACACCUACACACACAUACCAAUAUACCAUGGCGCCAUCAGUGGCUUGCUCCUUCUUCUUCGACAACGAGCAGAUCGGCGAGCCCGGCAUGCCGGCGAUGGACGCGUGCGCGCUCUGCGCCAAGCCGCUGGCGCGCGACAUCGACGUCUUCAUGUACAGAGGGGACACGCCCUACUGCAGCGAGGAGUGCCGACACGAGCAGAUGCACCUCGACGCCGUCUGCGUCAAGCAGGCCGCGCGGAGGCAGCAGCGGUUCUCGGCGGGGACGGAGGUCCACCGUGGGCAGCGGCAGUCCAGCAAGGUGUCCGUCGCUAGCUAACUGGCCGGUGCUCUAACGGCAGUCCAGCAAGAUGAAUUCUGAAGAAUACAGCAUCUCAAUUCUGAAGAACCAUCGACGUCUCCUUCUCUCCGGCCGGUGCUCUAGCCGGGACCGGUGGAGGCACCAGAUGCAGCUUGGCGUCGCCAGCGGAAGGCAAGGCAGGGCAGCAGCAUCAGGCGGCACGAAGCAUAGCUGCCUGUAGCUUCCCACAUGUCCAUGUCAAGCUAAUUAGGUUGCCCGUGUCGGAGGAAAUUGUACCUGAUUCUUGGUCGGUCUAUGCUGUGCUUUGCCGAUGAAUUGAUUUGAUUCGAAACGAAAUAGAAAAGGCCAUGGAUCAACACAUGAUUCACAUUUAACUUCUA